AGCGAGCCACAUCUGAACUAUAUACAUGUCUGCAGUUUACCAGUUCAUGACAGGAGUCUACAGAAAAGGCUAUUCUGUGCUAUGUUGGAGGAGACAGGCUUAAAAUCCACAGACCUACUGCUGCACACCGAUGUACAUCGGAUGACUGAGCAUUUUUGUGGGCUGGUACUAGAGGGCCAGGACAGGGGCAGAGAGCUUUUUCUCUGAAAGUACACUGUAAUUCUCUCCAUCUUUGCACUGAGCUCGGUCAGGAUGAGAACAACGCUGUUCAUUGUGUGUAUCCUUCCUGUGCUGACAGCGAUAGCACAGCCAACACCAGCAGGGAGCACUGACCCUGUGGUUUCUCUGAAAAAUGGCCGAAUCCGAGGGGAAUACGUUACGGUUAAAGGCACAGAGAGGAGAGUGAAGCAAUACCUGGGAAUCCCCUUCGCCCGGGCCCCUGUGGGGCCCCUCCGCUUGGCUGCUCCACAGGAUGCAGAGCCCUGGGAAGGGGAGAGAGACGGCACACGGCAGCCUCCCAUGUGUAUCCAGGAUCCACAAUUGGUUGUGGAAGUUUCUAAGACAAUGUCAAUCACCUACACCCCAUCAGGGCUUUCAGAGGACUGUCUGUAUCUGAACGUAUACACUCCAGCUGAGGCAAAAAAAGGGGACAAACUGGCGGUGAUGGUGUGGAUCCAUGGUGGAGGUCUUUCAAUGGGUGCAGCUUCUCAGUAUGACGGCUCUUCAUUGGCUGCCUAUGAAAACAUAGUGAUGGUUAUUAUUCAAUAUCGCCUUGGCAUUCUUGGAUUCCUGAGCACUGGAGACGAGCAUGCUCAGGGAAACUGGGGUUUGUUGGAUCAGCUAGCAGCCCUGAAAUGGGUGCAAGAAAAUAUUGAGGACUUUGGUGGCGAUCCACAAACUGUCACAGUUGCUGGAGAAUCUGCAGGAGGCAUCAGUGCAUCCAUACUGACCCUGUCUGCACAAUCGAAAGGACUGUUUCAGAGGGCAAUUUUUCAAAGUGGAGUAGCAACAACUGGGAACUACACUACGAGUCAUCCUUUGGGCCAUGCCAAGAUUGUUGCCAACAUUACUGGAUGUGACCGCGGCAGCACAGAGCAACUGGUACAAUGCAUGAGGGAAAAGAGUCAAGAUGAGCUUGUUGAUGCAACUAAAAAGAUGACCAUUUUCCUGACAGCCGUGGUGGAUGGCGUGUUUCUGACCGACACAGCAGAGGAGCUUCUCAUCAGGAAAGAAGUGUUGAAGGUUCCAGUGAUGAUGGGAAUAACCAACCAUGAGUUUGGAUGGAUCCUGCCUCAGAACUUCGUCCCUCCCGGCUGGGAGAACGGUAUGACAAGAGAGUCUGUGCUGCCAGUGAUGAACCUCUUCAAUCCUGCAGGGGCCUCCUCUGUCAAUACCCUCCUCCUCGAUGAAUACAUGAAAGAUGCUAAAACACCAGAGGACAUCAGAGACAGAUUCACUGAAAUCAUGGGAGACCUGAUUAUGACGCUGCCUGUAGUCAAGGUGGCGGGAUACCACACAGAUGCAGGUGCUCCAGUUUACAUGUAUGAGUUUGCACACCGUGCAGAGCUACACCAACACACCAGACCCAGUUUUGUGAAGGCAGAUCAUGCAGAUGAUGUUGGCUUCAUGUUUGGUGGAUGUUUCUGGAAUGGAAAUAUAAAAAUCACAGGCAACAUUACCAAGGAGGAGGAGAGACUCUGUAGGACCAUGAUGUCAUACUGGAGCAAUUUUGCCCGUACUGGCUCUCCCAAUGGUCCUGGGCUCGUCAACUGGCCUCAGUAUGACAGACAGAAGCAGGAGUACAUGGAGCUGGGCCUGACGCAGAUGGUGAGACAGAAACUGAAGAAAGACAGGGUCCAUUUUGUUAACGUCGUCCUCCCUCAGAAGCUGGAACAGCUAGCAAUAGCAAAAGCUGCUGCAGCCAAACCUGGAAAGUGAUCUGCAAACUGUCAUGCUGUUGAUAUUGGCCCCAAGUUUGGGAGUUUUUAUGCCUCUUCACUGAAACUAACUGGUAUGAUGUAAAUUCCUGCCUGGACAUCCUUUUCUCUGUUUUAGAAUGUAUUUCCUGGGCUUCUUUUCCAUAAUCUUUUAAUUCAAUGCAAGUGACAUUUGUAAAAAUAGCUUUGAUUAAAGGAAACUCUUUUCUUGCAAAGAAAGAACUUUU